AUGCGCCAACCAGUCAAUCAGGUAGUCCGAUCCUUGGCUCAAAUUAUUCUAGAGCUUCUGAAGAAGCCUUUGGGGCGGGGAAAGGAUCUGGAAAACCAUGAAAAAGGUUUCGCGUAUCUGCAAUUGACAGGCACCCUCGCAGAACCUGUCCAAGGGAGAAAGAUAUGGCCAACGAAGCUUGGGGGGGAAGAGAAAGGGUAUGUGCAUGGCUACCAGUUGAUUGUAUUGCUUCUUCUAAGAUGA